UACCAGAAAGCCCGUCCCCGCCUACUGUAGUUUAUUGUCUGUCCAACAGUCAUCUCUUCACUGAAACGGUCCAGCCACCUCCUUAGCUGUUUACAAGACAAGAAGACACCAAAGUACCACUGAAGAUUUAUUCAGCAUCAGUUACAAAACUGACCAGCUGUCCACCAUGAACCCUAGACUUACAAGAAACCAGCAGAGAGGAAUCUGCGCCCAGCUGGGAAGAUUCAAUCUGCAGCUGUUGUACAAGGCCAGCAUCCAUGGCUUCACCGGUCCAGCCUUCCACCAACAAUGUGACACCCGCAGUCCCACAGUCUCUGUGGGCUUCAAUGCCUCUGGUUAUGUUUUUGGAGGCUACACCAAACAACCAUUCAGUCAGUCAGAACAGUAUGUGCAUGAUGAUCAGGCCUUCCUUUUCACGUUCAGUGGAGAAAAGCUCCUCAAAUAUCCAGUCACAGGCCCUGCUAAUGCAGUGAGAAUGAUUGGUAAUUCUGGGCCAUAUUUUGGAGAAGCAUUGGUUCUGGUAACUGGAAGCAAACCCGUGGUCCACAGCAAUCCAGGGAAUUAUUACAACUUCACUGCUGCAGAAAUGCAUGGCAAUGACCUCAACAUGACUGAGUGUGAAGUUUACCAAGUCGUAGAAAUGACCGCACUGGAGAGCCCAUGGAGAACUGUAAUCUGGGAAACUGAGAAGAGAACAGAGCUGAUGGAUAAAUUAAGGACCUACAGACCAUUAGUCAACUCUGUGUCCAAGGCUCGGGUCCUGUUAAUUGGGCCAGUUGGAGCUGGAAAGUCUAGCUUCUUCAAUUCUCUCAACUCUGUGUUCAGAGGCCACGUCACCAAUCAGGCCAUGGCUGGAUGCUCCACCACCAGCCUCACCACACAGUUUCGCACCUACACUUUGAAAGAUGGGCGAGAAGGAAAACCUCUGCCAAUCAUCUUGUGUGAUACCAUGGGGUUAGAGGAAAGCACAGGGGCGGGGGUAGGCUUGGAUGACAUCAUCAGCAUACUUAAGGGCCAUGUGCCAGAUCGCUAUCAGUUCAACCCCUCUGCCUCUUUGCAGUUGGAUAUCCACGGAUAUCGUGAGCGUCCAGAGCUUAAGGACAAGGUCCACUGUGUUGUGUACGUCCUUGAUGCCUGCAAGGUCUCCAUCAUGCCCUCAAAGCUGGAGGAGAAACUGGAAGUUAUCCGCAAAAAGAUCAACUUGAUUGGAGUCCCUCAGCUAAUCCUGCUCACCAAAGUAGAUGAAGCCUGUCCUCUAGUGUUAGAGGACGUGAGAAACGUUUACAAGAGUUUGUACAUUAAGCAAAUGAUGCAGGAGGCCAGCAGUCGGUUCGGUCUGCCGUUGUCCUGUGUUGUUCCGGUGAAGAACUACAGCGAGGAGUUGGAAGUGAACCCAAACUGUGACAUCCUGCUGCUCAGUGCUGUCAAUCAGAUGCUUCGCUUCACUGAUAACUACUUUGACGACAUCAGUGACCGAGUCAGCAACAUUAAAACCAAAGAGUAAGAAG